UUUCACCGUAAAACUUGGGAACUUUUUGACUGUUCGAAAGUUCUUCAGUCUCUUGAUCUCACUCGAAGGCUCGAUACAGUUCCUCCCUCUCACUCUCUCUCCUCUAGAAAAAAAAAUACAGUGAAAAAAUGGCAGCGUGGAUGGUAGCUGCUCGCCAAGCAGCGUCAGUAACAGCUAGUAGAAUAUCAUCUAAAACAGUAUCAUCGUCAGCAAAUCAAGCUUCUAAGCUAAUCCAACGACGUGGUCUCGCUGGUGGUGGAGAUCAUGGACCACCAAAGGUGAACUGCUGGAAGGACCCAUUGAGCCCAUCUAAAUGGAAGGAAGAACAUUUUGUGAUUGUCUCCCUAGCUGGAUGGGGAUUAGCUAUCUAUGGGGGUUUCAAACUCUUUAGUGGAGGCAAAAAAGAAAACAAAGAAGAGAAAGCACCUGAAACAGCUCACACUAAGUAAAAGCUUGAUGCAUGGUUCAGGAAUCGCUAUAUGCACUCGGAAAAUAAAGCAAUUGUGAGGAACAGUCUCCUCCUUACUCUUGAUAAUGUUUCUAUUUUCAGUUUUAGCUUUCUUUUUGUAGCUGUUGCAGUCAAGCAGUUUUAGCUUGCUUUUUGUAGUUGUUGCAAAUAUUAUCCAGUUCGUAGUUUUGCAUGUGUAAAUGGCUCUCUUGGGUGAUGAUGAUGAUAAUGGCGAGUAAUAAAUAAUAAGACCUUCUUUUGUGCUUUCCUUAUGGCAAUAUAUUGUACUCUAAUUGCAAAUUGUAAUAG